AUGGCAGUGGUUGCUUCUGCUCCGGGAAAAGUUUUGAUGACUGGUGGAUAUCUUAUUCUGGAGAGGCCUAAUGCUGGGAUUGUACUUAGUACAAAUGCCCGAUUUUAUGCUAUUGUCAAGCCGCUUUAUGAGGACCUUAAACCUGACAGUUGGGCAUGGGCAUGGACAGAUGUGAAACUGACAUCUCCUCAGAUGGGUAGAGAAACUAUGUAUAAACUGUCUCUCAAGCACCUGCAGCUACAGUGUGUAUCUUCAAGUGAUUCAAGAAACCCAUUCGUGGAAUAUGCAUUGCAAUAUGCUAUAGCAGCAGCACAUGCGACAUUUGACAAUUCUAAGAAGGAGGAGUUACAUAAACUUUUGUUGCUAGGUCUGGACAUUACGAUUUUAGGCUGCAAUGAGUUCUAUUCAUAUAGAAAUCAGAUUGAAGCACGUGGCCUGCCUCUAACUCCCGAUUCACUGGCUUCUCUCCCACCUUUUACUUCGAUUACCUUUAAUGCAGAGGAAUCUAGUGAACAGAAGAGCAAACCCGAAGUUGCCAAAACUGGAUUGGGUUCGUCUGCAGCUAUGACAACUGCAGUUGUUGCUGCUUUACUUCAUUACCUUGGAGUGGUCAAACUUUCCGUAGCAAAUAGUUCUCUUCCAGGGGAUCAAGCCUCAAAGGAACUGGAUCUUGUGCAUAUCAUAGCUCAAACUGCUCACUGUAUAGCGCAGGGCAAAGUCGGUAGCGGUUUUGACAUGAGCUCUGCUGUUUACGGAAGUCAAAAGUAUAUCAGGUUUUCGCCUGAAGUACUUUCUUCUGCUCAGGAUGCUGCUCGAGGGCUUUCAAUACAAGAGGUCAUAGGAGAUGUGCUAAAAGCCAACUGGGAUCACAAGAGGACGAAUUUUCAAUUGCCACCGAUGAUGUCACUGGUACUUGGGGAACCAGGAACAGGGGGGUCCUCAACACCAUCAAUGGUUGGUGCUGUAAAGAAGUGGCAAAAAUUUGAUCCUCAAGGCUCGUUCGAAACAUGGAAGAAGUUGUCGGAAGCGAAUUUAGCACUUGAAAUGCACCUCAACACCUUAAGCCAAUUGGCAGAAACAAAUUCCGAUGCUUAUAGAAUAACUAUUGAAAAAUGCAGCAAACUUACGUCUGAAAAGUGGGCAGAGGGAGUUGUGGAAUUUAACCAAAUAGAAGUGAUUAAAGCAUUGUUAGGAGCUAGAGAUGCCAUGAUUUCAAUCCGGACUAAUAUGCGCAAGAUGGGUGAGGCUGCCGGAAUUCCUAUAGAACCGGAAUCACAAACCCAUCUGCUAGAUACCACGAUGAAUACAGAAGGAGCUCUAUUGGCUGGUGUUCCCGGUGCAGGUGGAUUUGACGCGGUUUUUGCCAUUACCUUGGGAGCUUCAAGCAGCAAUGUCGUGAAGGUCUGGAGUUCGCUCAAUGUUCUGGCCUUGCUAGUGAGAGAAAAUCCACGUGGCGUUCAUCUAGAGGCCAACGAUCCACGAACUACCAAGAUUACUGACUCGGUUUCUAACAUUCAUAUUGGGUAA